AUGGGAAAUCAGGUGCUCAGUAUCGGCGGCGUCACUGAUAAAAUCAAGUCCGUGGAUGCAGCUCCACAAGGCUUACUACUCUUUGACAUGACUGCCCAAACCUGGAACGAUAAAUAUGACGCCAAAGCCAAGAAUUAUGUUCGGGCUAAAAGUCUGGACGAGUGGUAUCAGAACGGAAGUAUGGACAAGGUUGUCUGGUCUUCCGAGCAGGUGAGGGCCCUGUUUGUGACAGAUGCGGACGCUGAACCUCCAGGGAGCGCGCCUAGCAAGCUACCAGACAUCCCCAAUGGCACAGAGCAAGCGGACUCACGCCAAGAUUUCUCAACGACUCAAACUCCAGUCGGGGCUAUCGCAGGAGCCGGAGCCGGGGGAAUGCUUGCUCUGGCUAUCAUAGUUUCUCUGGUGAUUUGGAUGAUCCAUCAUCACAAAAAAGCCAAGAAAGAAAAGGACAAGACCACCCAGUGGCCGCUGCCUCUAAAACAUUCCAGCGAAUCUCCAAUCAUGGAGAUGCCAAUUUACGAACCGGAAUUUGAUAGGCUUUGUGGUUACUGGUACCCAUCAGGACUAGCAAACAACACAGUGAGGGACAGUGCGCGGAUGUCGGUGCAAAGAGUCGAAGUCAGCGUCGACCACGACCAUUGGGAGUUGCCAGUGGCCCCAAAGGAUCACUCGGUUCAUGGGUUAAGACGAGUAACUAGGGGGGUUGGCAUGGGAAUCGAUCACAACAAUUGGGAUCUGCAAGAUAGGCGAAGUUUCUGAAGGUCUUGGAGAGUCCAGAGUUACUAGAGGAAGAGGAAUAUCGACACCAGUAUACGAUGCUUCUGUCCGAUGACUGCUGAGCCUCA